AUGGUAAUACAAGGAACAAUUUUCAGAACUAAAGACAAUCUUGAGGAAAUGAAUGAGUGUGCAAAUAAUAAUCCAGACUAUAGAAAGAUUUAUAUAAACAAGAGGGUAGUAGAAGGAAAUAUUAAGAAAACUUUCAUUUCAAUAAACAAAAACAAAGGAGAAGAUCUUUAUAUUGUUAGUAAAUUCAACUAUGCAGAUUUCAAAGAAUAUUUCACCAGUGAGUCUAAUUUCAAUAAAAUUGUACACACUCCAAAUAAAAAGAGAGUCGAGAAAGUUGAUUUGAAAAAAUUAAAACAGACAAACCUUUCAAGUUUGUUUAGUAGAAAAUAA